AUGUCACAACAGCGGGACCCAAUCACAUGUCAUAUCCUCGAUACAACAGUCGGACUCCCAGCCCGCAAUGUAAUCGUGCAAAUCCAUCGUGUUUAUGAAGUCGAAACCAUCACUCAACAAAGCAGCAACAACGACGCUACCUCCAUUGACUAUCAAAUUGAUGCUCCAUUUGCACGAGCAAAGACCAAUGACGAUGGCCGUGUGCUCAAUUGGGUGUUCGAUCCGAAAUUGCAACACCUGAAUGAAGAUUUUGCAAAGACUGGUGUACGUGAUGGGAAAUGGGUUAAAUUGGUUCCUGGAUUAUACAAGAUCAAGUUCUUAACUGGUAAGUAUUUCAAAGAACUUACUACUAGUGGUCAUGGUGUUGGAUCCAGGACGUUCUUUCCUGUUGUUGAAGUGGUUUUUGAAGUUGAUGAUUUACUGCAUUAUCAUAUUCCUUUGCUAUUAAGUAAUUAUUCAUAUACUACAUACAGAGGCAGUUAA